GCACCGUCACCGCGCGUCGUUGGAACUUUAACGCAUUUCGGAGCCCAAACCUACAUCGCAAACAUAAAAUGACGCACGUCACAGACACUCUGUUUGCACCAGUGAACGCUGCGCUUUGACCGACGCGGACACCGGAGCGCUGAGAAUAAAAGUUUCACAUGCUGCACUUUAUCCUGUGCGCUACGGGAAUCAGAAAUGAACGCGCCACCGACGCUGUUCUGCGCAUUUUGCCCUCGGAAGUAUUUCAAAUGGCUUGACACACGUUUUUGCUUCUGAUCAACGAGCGCGUUCACAUACUUUGGUCACCUCUUUUUUUUACGCACGUUUUACAUCUGGAUACGCGACAGACUCGCCAAGACAGACACACUUGGGACUCCAGCGCGUACAGCGGGGCGACACCAUGACCAGCUGCUGGCUUGCCUUGGUUGGAUUGUGGUGGAACGUUUAUUAUUUCGUGCUCCUGGUCGCGGGGAGUAAUUAUUCACUGGGUGGAUACAACGAAGCGCAACCGGGCUUCAUCCACCGGCGGCUGAGGACGCACGAGAAGAGGGAGAUGCAGAAGGAGAUCCUGUCCAUUCUCGGGCUGCCGCACAGGCCGAGACCGCAUCUGUCACACGGAAAGUACAACUCCGCUCCACUUUUCAUGUUGGACUUGUACAACUCCAUAUCAAGCGAAGAAAAAUCCCAAGUGGAGGGUUUGUUGGAGCCAUAUGAGCCCAUGCGGACAACCCAGAGCCCUCACCUGGCCACAUAUCAAGAAGCGACCUUCUUAAACGAUGCCGAUAUGGUGAUGAGCUUCGUUAAUUUAGUGGAGUAUGACAGAGAGCUCUCACCGCAGAGACUUCACCACAAGGAGUUCAAGUUCAACCUCUCGCAGAUCCCUGAGGGCGAGGCCGUCACCGCAGCCGAGCUCCGCCUCUAUAAGGAGUGUGUGAGCCGUGCCUUUCGUAAUGAAACUUUUCUGCUCAGAGUCUACCAGGUGGUCAAAGAGCAUCCUGACAGAGAGGCAGACCUGUUCCUGUUGGAGUCUCGAAGGCUGUGGGCAGCCGAGGAAGGCUGGCUAGAGUUUGACAUUACAGCAACCAGCAACCUGUGGGUGAUGAGCCCAACACACAACCUGGGCCUGCAGGUCAGCAUGGAGACCAGCAGCGGUCAGAGCAUUAGCUUCAAGGAGGCGGGCCUCGUGGGACGUAACGGCGCACUGGAGAAGCAACCUUUCAUGGUAGCGUUCUUCAAAGUCAGCGAGGUGCACAUCCGCACAGCACGCUCCACUGGUGGCAAACGUAGGCAGCAGAACCGCAACCGAUCCACGCAACCACAGGAGGGAUCCAGAUCAUCGAGCCCAGCAGAUUACAACAGCAGCGAUCAGAAAACUGCUUGCAGAAGACACGAACUCUUUGUCAGCUUCCGAGAGCUGGGUUGGCAGGAUUGGAUCAUUGCUCCAGAUGGCUAUGCAGCCAACUACUGUGACGGCGAAUGUUCAUUCCCCCUGAACGCCCACAUGAAUGCCACAAACCACGCCAUUGUACAGACACUGGUGCACCUGAUGAACCCAGAGAACGUACCGAAGCCAUGCUGUGCCCCCACCAAGCUCCACGCCAUUUCAGUGCUCUACUUUGACGACAACUCUAAUGUCAUACUGAAGAAGUACAAGAACAUGGUAGUCCGAGCCUGUGGUUGUCACUGACAUCUCCGUGUGGAUUCUUCACAUAAACAUUGGGUUGGCAAGUGACUGUUAGGACGUCUCGGUGAAGUUGGCCUCAGACUGAAGUCUUCCUCCCAAACCCUUGGCCAGCAGGGAAAUUCCACUUGCUAUCCUUUAGGUUCUGUUCCAGUCACGUGGGCAGCUCAAGCAACGAGUUUAAUAACAUUCAGUUUUCAGAGUUGAUCACGGUGCCAAACUCAGAGGAGAGCGCCAUCUACAGGCAGGCUCUAUCUACUCCAGUGUCAAACCUCCAAAUAAGGUCUGUUCUUGUUGACUGCGGACUCUUGACUUCCUGGUUCUGCAGGUGUAGGAAUACAUUAGGUUUAUUGGCCUGAAAGGCUUCUGCACCCCACCCCCUCACAGAGGGGUGAGGACAAACCUGAACUGUUGUGGGACCAGAGUGCUGCUUUUCUUUUCACCCCACAAAAAUGGAUCAGUCAGGCUCACUGACACUUUCUUUGAAGAUGAGGAACUGCACGCUGUCACCAUCAGGUGGUCCAACUGCAGAAAACAGUCUGAAAUAUGUUUUGCUUCCAUUCCCAAAUCCAGUCUCCCCCCAAGGACCAAAUUCUAUUAAACCCAUACAGUGCAAUACUAAGCAGAUUCAGAUUUUCUUCCUCUUUCGUAAUGUAUUUUAUCCUGAAAACAUAUUUGCCUUCUUAAAUAUGGACUGACCAAAGUGACCGCAGGCUAUUUUAGUAGUCAACUCUUCCAAAUAUUCACUCCAUGUCAAUAUUUGCUGGACACUUGCUGAGCUCAGAUUGACCGAGCUGCAUCAGCAUGAUGCAUGUUGUGGUUAAAGUGAUGUUUUUCUUCAAAGGGCUGAAGAAUACUGCCUUAUCCCUGAGACACACCGCUGAUGGCCACGUACAUGUCGCUAUGCUCAAAGUUAACAAAUGCUUCCGCUCCAGAGAGCCCA